CCAGAAAUCCUGCUUCACAGUUCAGGGCCCUGGCCUCUCUUGGUUUGUUGGUUUAUUAGUUUGUGUAUUUGUUUGUUGUGUUGUUGCAGGGCGGAGCUUGCUGAACAUGGCUUCAGGUUCUGUACAGAGUCUCUUGAGGCCAAACUGCAGAAAAACUUCGACCUGAAAGCAGAGGAACAGACAGAGGAGGAGGAGGCUUUGAGAAAAGAGACCCGCCUUCUCCUUGGACUCUGCCUGGACUCUCGAGCUCGAUACCGAGCAUCAACAUGGCGCCUGAACCAGGCCAGACAGGACUAUGAGUACGCACUGAAAAUCUGCCGCCAGGAGCAGGGAGAGACACACCCACAGACUCUGGUGCUGAUGAGCGACCUGGGCACCAUCCUGGAUCUGCAGGGUUGUCAUGACGAUGCCCUUGCAAUGGUCCAACAGGCCGUGGAUCUGAGCAGGUCCGCUGGACACCCGGACCAACAUAUCCUGCUGGGAAACAUGGCCGGCAUUCUGCUGCACAAAGGGCAGCUGGACGACUCUGUGCGGUACUACCAGGAGGCUCUGGGCCUGGCCCGGCAGGCAGGAGAUCAGGAGGCCGUGGACAAGAUCCAGGAGGGACUGAUGGAGGUGAAGAAGAAGAGGGAGCAGGGCAUGAAGAAGGAGCAGGACCCUGCAGAGGACUGACUGUCUCAGGGUGUCCAAAGGCAGACUGGAUGGUCCAGCAUGUUAGUGACCCUGUGACCUUUCCACAGAACGUUCUCACACUGUUGUUGUCUCAGUCCCCAGAGGAUGAACCUUCCCAUAAACACCAGAGCCCUGUACUAUGAAGCAGGAUUUGUGGUUGUCAGGGUAACUUCAGGAUUUAUUCCUCUGAGGAGUUUCUGAAAGAUCUAGAUUCUCCUCAGAGGAUGAACUUUUGUCAGCUUCUGGAGCCCAACAGAGCCAACCUGACCCGUAGGAGCAAAGUACUCACAGUACCACAGACUGUCUACAUGUACUUCACUUGUUACCUGUUCACUGUGGCUGAUGCAGAGGAGCUCAACACAAUCUACAGCUGCAACAGGCACCUUCCCUUCUAGAGAUCACUGAAUUCUACACACUGAACCUUUAACUUAACAAGUUUAAACCAGCGUCAUGUGACCACUUAGCCUGACUGUGAUUGUUAGGUUAAGUUCAGCUGGAUAACUGAAAGAGAUCCUGGAUGUGUUGAGUAGUAGUUUAUGUAGUACAGGGCCCUGGUUUAUGUUUCAGGACUGUGAGUUUCUGUCUGAAUAAAACUUCUUCCAUGUCCU